GAUCAAAAAAAUAAAAUCGAUUACCCUCCCCUCAGCCCCCCUCCUCGUCUCGUUUAGGAUUCCGAGGUCCGGGGAGAAGCAGGCCGCGGCGGAGCGAUACCGUCGCGUCGUAUCCGAUCGGCGGAGUCUCUCCCGUACCCUGGGAUUGCGAGCACCGGCAUGGAAGAAGAGCCUGACAAUUCCAAUGCCAUGGAUGAACAAGAGGAGAGCACAGGCAGCGCCCCUGGCCCAGUGUUCUCGGGUCUGAAGCUGAAAAGGCUCCGAUCCAAGGUGUGGGACGACUUCACGCCCAUCUACAUCGACGGGAAGCUCGCGCGGGCCGAGUGCAUGCACUGCCACCAGGUCUUCAGCAGCGGCACCGGCAACCUGCGAAAGCACCAGGCCAAGUGCACUCCCAGAGCCCAGAAGAGGCCAAUGCAACACAAGCCCCCGUUCUUGUCGGCGGGCCAACAUAAAUCCUCAGACGCAGCAAAGGCAUUGCCCCAGGAGAAGUUUCCUGUCCUGAUUGACAUUCUCAUCGAUACGAAUGAGGAAAGUCAGAAGGUUGAUCAGAAUUUGUCUCACGGGGAGCUUGGGACACAUGAGCAGAAGAAUCUUGCUUCAUGUGACACUCCCACUGACAAAGAUCGGAAGAAUCAGUCCCAUGAGGAACCUGCAGUGCCUGACCAGGACAUUCUCGCUAACAUGAAUCAGAAGAAUCUGAAGGUUGGUCAGAUUGAGCCCCAUGAGGAACUUGUCAGGAUAUUUUCUGUCCACGGGUACCCGCCAUCGAUACAGAUCCAUGAUAGAUUCUGUAAGUUUGUUGCUAGCUUGAAUCCUAUGGUGAAGAUGCCAGCCAAAGUUGACAUGUACAGGUACUCCAGGGAACUGUUUGACAAAGAAAAGACCAAGCUGAAGGAGAAGUUGGCAAGUUUACGCAGUCGGGUUUGCUUGAGUGCUUAUGUGUGGCACUAUGAUCUGUUCUCAGCGUUCCUAUGCUUGAGUGUUCAUUACAUUGAUGAUGAAUGGGAGAAGCAGACACAUAUCAUCAGGUUUCGUUCUGUUGAUCCUUCCUGCAAUGCAAAACAACUGAGCCAGGAUAUACUGAAUGCUAUUGGAGAUUGGGGUCUUCGUUACAAGGUUUUCAGCAUUACACUGGACGAUGCAUUUCUGGACGAUUCAGUUGCUUCAGAUCUGAAAGCCAGUCUCCAAGAAUGGAACCUUCGCUUGGCAAACCGGAGCUCGUGUAUGUCUGCAAAACAUACCUCAUCUAUGUCUGCAAACCGUAGCUUGUUUGUGGCACGGUCUCCAACUCAUCUAGUUAAUAAGGUCAUACAUGUGGGGGUGGAUGAACUGCACAAAGUCAUGGAGAAGUCAACAAAGUGUUCCAAGUACACAAAGGGCCACAUCCCUUCAGCCGUACGGUUUCUGAACUGUGGAUAUGCACCUUCAGCUGAAGAGUGGAGCAACGCGCAACGUAUCUGUAAGAUAUUGCAGAGGUUGCAUAUAUACAUGGAUGAGAUGAACACUUGUCAUUGCCCAGCCGACCUCCUUGACCAGUUAUGGGGUGCAAAACGAGCUCUACAUCCAGAGGAUAGUUUUUAUGGGGACAAAACAGUUUCGAAAGAGCUAAAAGAGAUGCAACAGAAAUUUACAGAAUGCUGGAAUCUCUAUUGCUUAAAUAUCUGUCUACCUGUGAUCAUGGAUCCUUCAAAGCGUCUGGAAUGCAUCAAGUCUUGUCUGCGUCCGAAGUUGUACAAUUAUUGCUUGAGGCACGAAUUGGACAAGGAUAUAGAAGAUUAUUUUCAGGAAGUGCAUGACAUGUUGAUCAACCUCUUCUAUGAAUAUUCUGAUCAGGUGGAAGACACUAGCAUCACAUCUGGGCCUAAAACUAGCAGGAACAUUGUUGUGAAGGGAGAUGAUAUGCUGAUGCAAUAUUAUCAUCAUAUUACCUAUCCAUUUAGCACGCGUCCAAUGAUAGAGCUUCAUCAGUACUUGCAAGAGCCAGGUCCCUGUACGGCUGAGCAAACCGUUCUACAAUGGUGGAAGGAACAUAGUCUGACCUACCCCACAAUCGCUCGGAUGGCACGUGAUAUAUUGGCAAUACCAGCCAGUACUGAAUGCGGUGUAGCAAUAAGGACUGCAAGACGAACAAUUUGUCAGUCUAGUAAACACUGGGUUGAGGAGACUGUCUGUACUCAGGAUUGGCUCACAUCUUAUGGUUCUUUAAGCGAAAUGCCAAACGGUGCUCUUUUUGAGUGAAUACUCCGACCUUCCGAAUGUUCCAUUAUUCAAGAACGGCAAUGGAAUCCUCUCACAUGACUUUUGUCUAGACUUCAGACAAUUUUGCGGCAGUCUGAUAAGUUCAUCCGAUAACUUGGAAUCUUUGGAGCAUGCUAAGUUCAUAUAUUAGUAGUUCUAGUUACAAAUGGAAGUGGUCAGGCCUUUGUACGCCAUCUGAUGAUUUAUUUUGGUGCAAAAGUUAGAGCACUAUUCCUUGUAUACAUUUCAUCUGGUUAUCCUUGGCUGUUUU